AUGUAUGCAGAUUUUGAACAUCGGGAAGAGAUGGGCCAUGUUCUUGCAGACACACUCAGGCGAAAUCGAAGCGUGAAACGUUUUUCUCUCUUUACACCGACUUUUGAAAAAGAAUCAACUGUUCUCCCAAAUCUACUAAGGGCUGCUGUCUUGCAAAGAAAAGUGGAGGCCUUUCAACUUCGUCUAUACGGAGAGUUUCAAGUGCUGUCACGGAACAUUAUGGCAGAUGUUGUCUGCCGCCACGAUUGCUCCCUUCGCACUCUUGCCCUGAACCGCGUAUUGCCCGGUCCGGACGACAGCAUAGAUGGUACCAUUGACGAGAGGAACUCGUCUGUAGAAGAUUUGGAAAUCAUCGAUGCUGGUUUGCAAUGCACUGGGAUCAUGGAAACUGUUCGCCUAUUCGACUCGUUGAAGCAGUUGAACCUAUCAAACAACAGGAUUUCUGAUUUGGCACCUUUGAAUGAUUUCCUCCUUAGUAGAGAAUCGACUUUAGAAGUAUUGAGACUAUGUGGAAAUCACAUCACAGAACAAGACUUCAAGAUCUUUGUACAAGGGCUACCGAGAAUGAGCUCCCUGAAAGUGUUGCUGGUAAAAAAUAACCCCUUUACGGAAUCUGAAUCAUGUCUGACCGCAUUAAAAGAUGCACUUUGGCUCAACACGAGCUUGGAGUAUGUAUCUUACCCUGUUUCUCCCCUGACGACCCUAGACAGCACGCACCUGGAUUCGAUGAUUCAGCUUGCAACAAGCUUGAACCGAGGUCCCCUACUUUCAUUAAUAUUGUUCAUCCAACUGCUCACCAGACUACAAGGCUUCCAUCACCAAUCAAUUUCAACCACUCAUCAUCACCUGUCCUCAACACUGACCAGCCAACAGUCAUUGACGUCCAUUGUUGAAAAUCCAUGCACUUCAUUCGCAAGAUUAUCGACACUGCUAUUCGCCAAAAAGGCAAAGAAGAAACCCACCAAGUCUAGCGGAGGUGGCUUUGGAGGAAGCAGCAAGGCAACAUCUUCUUCAUCAUCCACACCUACCAUUUCCGCCGACAAGAAUUCGUUGGAAACACAAUGGGACAUUUUUGCCAGCAUCACCGACUUGGAAAUUAGACCACUGGGUGAUCCGGAAGACGAUGAGUAUGUGAAUUUUGAAGUCGCAGAUGUCUUUGUACGAUGUGGCCCAUCAAUAAAAGAAGGGGAAGAGCCUGGUGGCACUCCUUGGUUUCGCAUUGGCAAAGUGUGUACUCUCCCAGAUAAGACUCCGAUGCAGGCCUCUUUGACACUACAAAAGGGCCUCAUUUUUUGGACAUCGGUGCAUAUGAGACCAGAACUAGUGGCUGCCGGAGGAAAGUCUGGUGCAGCUUCCUUGCAAUUGGGAGUCAUUUCGCCGGCAAGUUUGACUAUGGGAAGCGAUUCCGAUGGUCCUCUUGACGCAGACGAGGCAGAAUUGAUUCAAGUCUCCAUCAAAGGCGAUACCUCCUUGAAGGAUAUCCCAGCCAAGUCGUUUGGGUUUCGUCCUGAUUGGAAUCCUCCAGGCUUUACGUACAAGCGUCGAGAGAAGGACGCCAUGAAGAAAAAGAAGUCAUCGUUGGACGAAAUGAAGGAAAAAUCAUCAGCGUAG